AUGCUGAAGUUCGUGCUUUGCGCUGCGCUCUGUGCGCUCGUGUUGGCUGAGGAGGAGCCUCAGGGUCGCUUCCUGGAGGAUAUCCAGGAGAGGGUUGUGGGAGGAGAGGUUGCUCGCCCCAACUCCUGGCCCUGGCAGAUCUCCCUGCAGUUCAAGUCUGGCAGCAACUACCACCACACCUGCGGAGGCUCCCUGGUUAAGAGGGGCUGGGUCAUGACCGCCGCCCACUGUGUCGACAGCCAGAGGACCUGGCGCGUUGUCGUUGGCGACCACAACAUCAACAGCCACGAGGGCCGCGAGCAGUACGUCUCCGUGAGCCGCGUCUACAUCCACCCCAACUGGAACCGCAACAACGUCGCCUACGGGUACGACAUUGCUCUGCUGCGUCUCUCCACUGAGGUCACCCUGAACAACUACGUGCAGCUCGCAAGACUGCCCCCCUCUGGCCAGGUGCUGCCUCACAACAACCCCUGCUACAUCUCCGGAUGGGGACGCACCUCCACUGGUGGUAGUCUCUCUGCCCAGCUGAAGCAGGCCUACCUGCCCGUGGUCGACCACAAGACCUGCUCCAGCGGCAGCUGGUGGGGCGGCACCGUCAAGAACACCAUGGUGUGCGGUGGCGGCGGAAAGGACUCUGGUUGCCAGGGAGACUCCGGCGGCCCUCUGAACUGCCAGGUGAACGGCAGCUACUACGUGCACGGCGUCACCAGCUUCGUGUCCGGCAGGGCCUGCAACGAGACCCGCAAGCCCACCGUCUUCACCCGCGUGUCCGCCUACAUCGGAUGGAUGGACGGCCAAUAUGGCAGAACAGCUUCCAGCAGCUCCACCCUCAGCAUCGGCUACAGCUCUGCUUCAUAUGUUCAAACAGUCAAUAAAGUCAACAUCAUUGCCAUGAAGACUCUGUGUCAUGUGUCUCUGUGA